GGCAGCAUAAUAUCUUUGAGCUUAUUUAUUUUUCAAUCUAAACACACGGAGCUUGAUGGUCCACGCAACUACUGUCACAAUGGUACAUUCAACUUCGUUUUCUACAUUGAUUCGGUUGUAGUAACAAUAGUUUUUUAUGAGACAGCAAUAAUGGAAGGGACUUUGGUGUGGUAUUUGGGAAUGCAAAUAAAGCGCAAAGGGAUGCAAUUUGCACGGUAUACAAUUUGCACCUUUGCAAAAUGGGGAGAUGUACUAGUACCGUAGCAUUCAGCGCUACCGGAAGCUCUGCCAGUAUCAUCCACUCCACGCAGAAUGAGUGAUGUUGCGUCGAGAUCUGUUGUUGGGGUGUAAGAGCAGCUUCCAAAGGCUUGCGACUUGCGUGGCAUCACUUAGGAGUACUGUUUCAGAAAUCCAUUACCGGUUCUGACCAAUAGCUGGAACUUGGAUACCGGUGACUCCGAACGGGGCCCAAGUUUGCUUAGAAGAUAGUUGCUCAAUGUUGAAGCUAAGAUGCCUUUGGCAUACUCAAUUGACUUAGAUGAGGUAUAUCUUAUCAAAUAAUCGUAAUAAAAUACCGCAACUUCUUCUUUGAUUCUCUGAGUCAGAACCCGAUUAAGAGUACUCUGCUCGUGUGCGACAUCCGUAAAACCGCCAUGCAAGCACACCAACACACAAACACCACUCUAUUAGACAGGUAGACAGGGAAGGACAGCACCUGACUGAUGAAGCAAAGAGCCAGCAACCAGCAACCAAUAUCUGCUUCUGUGCUUCUGUGCUUCUCUGAAUUUGUGAAAAGGACGAUAGGAUCAAGGCGAAAAGCCAUGGAUUCAACGAUUAACAUCGUCAGGUACCUCGUGUGAGUUCGAACGACCUCACAAUCUGACGCCAAGAUGGAAGGAAACGCUUCGCAAAAGAAACGACCUCUCGGCCAGAAGGAUUCAUCCGAUGAAGAUCAGCCAAGAAAGAAAGCUGCAAAGGAUGGCGGCAGCGCUGGUAGUGCCGCUUCUAGUAGUGCCAGGCGAGGUGCAGCGGGUAAGGCAGCUUCAAAGGGCGACCAAAAGAAACGGUCCAGUGACCAGAUGAACUUCCCUGAGAAACUCAUGCAGUUGAUCAAUGAGAACAUGGCACCAGACUUUGUAACUUGGAUCGACAAUGAAGAAGCAAUCUCUUUCAAGACGGAUGGAUUUCAAGAGCACGUUCUAGAUAAGUUUUUCCAGGGUCUCAAGUAUGACUCUUUCGUAAGGAAACUAAACCGUUGGGGGUUCCGAAGAGUGACUUCCGAGGGGAUAGCGGCUGGUACAGUAGCUUAUUACCACAACUCGUUUCGGAGGGCAGAGCAGGAUCUCAUCAAGAAUAUGGGUAUUGGCAAAAAGAAUGACCCAGCAGUACAGGAUCUGCAAGCCUUUGGUGGUGAGCAGUCUAUGAUUGGUUCUGCAAGUGCUGCGAUAACCCGGGAAACGUUGGCGAGGAGUGAAGGAACAAUGACUGCUGCAUCAGCGUCCUUUGGGCACAGCCAGCUCGACGGACACUUUCUGGAGACAUCCAUGGGCAGACCGCAACCGGCAGAACCAACUCAUAGGGGUGGGGCAGCAACACUAGCAGCGUUGCGCUCAUCCUCGGGGUUGGCACCGUCGCCCGCCAGACAAGAGAGCAAAACUGAGGCAGCCACCAGUAGCAACGUACUGGCUCAAGCAGGGCUGUCGGGACUUGACUCCCAGCAGAUGCUGCUGGAAGCCAUGCUGGCAAGGCAGCGCCAGGCAGACGUAGCAGCCCUACAAGAGCGAGAAGCCGCAAUGCUGGCUGAGAGUAUAAUGCAGUCUCGGCAGCAACGUCGAGCUAGUGCUGCUAUCUCCUCGGCAUUCGCUAGUCGAGACGAUGACUUAUCCCGAAAGCUUGCAGCUUUAGCGGCUGCAUCAGCUUCUCGACAACCACAACACCAUCAACCACCCCCACAGCCACAACUGAACCCGUUUCCGCCACCUCAACAGCCUCUUCUGCCCGACCUCAACGCUGCGCUCAACGCGGAUCCUGCACUCGCACUACUUCUUCAGCAACGUUUGCAGGCAUCACAGGCAGGUCACAGCACCGUUGGGAACCUCAACCUCCUGGGUGGGGCAAAUCUACCUACGAAUUUCAACCCUCUUGGAAACAUCGCAACAAAUGCCAACCUAGCUUCAGGAAACCUCAAUCGGAACAUACUACAAGGGAAUCUGAAUCUUCUCGCCAGUGCUGUCUCCAAUGCAAGCAACAGUGCACAGGGGAAUCGAGACUUGGAAAAUUUAUGGCGAUUGAUGCUUCAAAAUAGACAGCGAGAUCAGAAUAGACAAGGGCCGGGCCAAGACCAAGGACCAGGGCCAGCGGGAGGUCCAGGCCAAGGACAAGGACCCCCUCAGCUGUGACAUCAGGCCCCGCAACGCAUGUAUACAAGGACCCCUCGCAAUUGAAACACAAGUGCACACAACCAAAGACAAAUACGACUUUACACCACCACAGAGAGUCAAACACACAAUACGACUGUACCUGCCUGCGCACAAAAUAUGCUUGUGUAAAACUGUUCAUAACGAAUUGGCGCUACAGUGUACAAACAUACCAAAUAAAUUAAGCUUGCAGCCUAGCCUG